UCAUUCAGGGAAACCAUGGCACUGUCACUGUCCUUCUUGAAGUCUUCUCGUCGCACCUGGAAACCUACGAGGAUGAGGAUUACGACACAUACUGCAAACGGUCAAUCGAGUGUAUUGCCCGUUAUGAGGAUAAGAUAUCGGAUCACUCGGAUUCCGAGCUCAUUCUGAGGGGUAUGCCAUCUCAAGACGGGUGGGAGCUAACCCUGAGUGACUGGGGAACGGACUUGGGACUCGGCAGGCUGUUAAAAACUUUGGGACCCGAUGAGGCUCGCUGGCCCAACUUAAGAUCACUAGGCCUCCGCAUCGCCACAGUGGCGCUUUCCCUGUGUUACGACGACGAGUUCGAUGAAUUCAACUACCUCGAAAAACCGGGAGGUUACAAAUUCAUGGACCCAUUGCCGGCCGGAGAAACCUAUGCUGACAUCGACUCCGACUCCGAUUCCAACGGUGAACCGGAACCUUACGACUCGGCCUGGCUAUCGGAUAUGAAAACCACCUUCGAGACCGAGACACCCGGGGACGGGACCCUCGAUCGCGAAUGGCGACGGCGCCCGAUCCCGCUACCUCCCGGAUACGACAUGCUGCUGCCGGACGAGAUCAAGACCGCACAUAACCUGCCCCUGUCCUCGACAGUCGAUCCAGCCACGUAUGAAAGGCUGACGGAUAUCCUAGGUCAGCAGAUCGUCGAGCAGAACUGGUCAUUCGCGGACGCUGACGCGAUGGAUUGGGCCUCGACAGAGCCCGAGAUACCGCGGGUGUGCGGCGCGACCCCGAUGCAGCUGGCCUCCAGGUUUCCGCCCGGCCAUGUGGAGUUUGACGUUGUGAACGCCAAAGUCCUCCAGCUGUGGGAACGCGAUGCGAUGGAUAGGGAAUCUGGGCCCAAUCACUCAUCGGAUGUGGACGGUGCUCUGACCGGCGGGCUUCUGGCAAACUUUCUCAUUAGUCCUGUGCGGUGGAAAUGAGAAAUAGUCGCUUCGGUUGAGCGAGGGAGGUGAAGCUUUGACCGGCGGGCUUCUGGCAAACUUUCUCAUUAGUCCUGUGCGGUGGAAAUGAGAAAUAGUCGCUUCGGUUGAGCGAGGGAGGUGAAGCUUCCCCCGGUGGAA